AUGACCAGUCUACUUCCAGAGGAUACCAUGGAGCCCCAGAGCUCAGAUGAGCUGGAAUGCAAAAUCUGUUACAACCGUUAUAACUUGAGACAGAGAAAACCUAAAGUACUGGAGUGUUGCCACAGAGUAUGUGCCAAAUGCCUUUGCAAGAUCAUAGACUUUGGGGACUCUCCUCAGGGAGUCAUUGUUUGCCCAUUCUGUAGGUUCGAGACAUGCCUACCUGAUGAUGAGGUGAGUAGCCUUCCUGAUGAUAACAACAUCCUUGUAAAUUUGGCAUAUGGUGGAAAGGUGAAGAAGUGCCUACCAGACAAUCCUACAGAACUUUUACUGACUCCAAAAAGGCUUGCCUCCCUCGUUAGCCCUUCUCACACGUCUUCCAACUGUCUGGUUAUAACCAUUAUGGAAGUGCAGAGAGAGAGUCCUCCAACCCUGAACUCAACCCCUGUUGUGGAAUUCUACAGGCCCACAAGUUUUGACUCCGUUGCAUCCGUGUCACACAGCUGGACAGUGUGGAACUGUACAUCCUUGCUCUUCCAGACUACAAUUCGAGUCUUAGUUUGGUUGCUAGGCCUGCUGUAUUUUAGUUCCUUGCCGUUAGGGAUCUACUUACUGGUAUCAAAGAAAGUCACUCUUGGGGUAGUCUUUGUCAGCCUUGUUCCCUCGAGCCUUGUUAUUCUUAUGGUUUAUGGUUUUUGCCAGUGUAUAUGUCAUGAGUUUCUGGACUGUAUGUCAUCUUCUUAA